CACACUGCCUGGAGAGCCCAAGAUGAUUCCAGCUCUAGCCGUUGUUCUCCUCCUCUGCCUUUCUUGUCCUUUCUCCUCGUGCCAGCAGAGAAGGACAGGAGGUGAAGGUGGGACAGAAAUGCUGGAAGAGAUGAGAGAAACCAACCGUGUGCUGAUGGAAGUUCGAGACCUGUUGAAGCAGCAGAUUAAGGAGAUAACAUUCCUGAAGAAUACAGUCAUGGAGUGUGAUGCCUGUGGGAUUCGCCCCGAGGUGACAGGCCCUGUCAUCACUGUCACUCAGUUCAACAGAUGUCUCCCCAAUCCCUGUUUCCCUGGGGUGACCUGCACGGAGACCGGCGCUGGAUUUCGCUGCGGGCCCUGCCCCCCUGGCUACUCUGGCAAUGGGACCCACUGCACAGACAUCAAUGAGUGCACUGCCAACCCUUGUUUCCCGAAAGUCCAGUGCAUUAACACCGUCCCCGGCUUCCGCUGCGAUCCCUGCCCUCCUGGCUUCACUGGGCAAGUGCUCCAAGGGGUUGGGCUGGCAUAUGCCAGGGCCAACAGACAGGUUUGCACUGACAUCAAUGAAUGUGAGACAGGUGGUGCCAACAACUGUGUCCCAAACUCCAUCUGCAUCAAUACAAGGGGAUCCUACAAAUGUGGAGCCUGCAAACCUGGGUUUGUGGGGGAUCAGAUCAGUGGCUGCAGGAGUCAGACAGCACGGCGCUGCCCCAACGGGGAGAUCAGCCCCUGCCAUGAGAAGGCAGAGUGCAUCGUGGAGCGUGACGGCUCCCUGUCCUGCCAGUGCCUCGUGGGGUGGGCAGGGAAUGGCUAUGUCUGCGGGAAGGACACGGAUAUCGACGGAGUCCCCGACGAGAAGCAACGCUGCUCCGACAAGAACUGCCGCAAGGAUAACUGCAUGACUGUCCCCAACUCUGGCCAGGAGGACGCAGACAGGGAUGGAAUUGGAGAUGCUUGUGAUGAUGAUGCUGAUGGAGAUGGGAUCCCAAACACUGAGGACAACUGUGUGUACACAAGGAACACAGACCAACGCAACAUGGACAAGGACAACUUUGGGGAUGCCUGUGACAACUGUCGCCAGGUGAAGAACAACGACCAGAAGGACAUCGAUGGGGAUGGGAAGGGAGACGAGUGCGACGACGACAUGGAUGGAGAUGGGAUCAGGAACCAAAUGGAUAACUGCAAGAGAGUUCCUAACCCUGACCAAAGAGAUGGGGAUGGGGAUGGUGUAGGAGAUGCGUGUGACAGCUGCCCAACCCUCAGCAACCCUGACCAGAAAGAUACUGAUCACGACCUGGUGGGAGAUGUCUGUGACACCAACCAGGACAGUGAUGGGGAUGGUCACCAGGACUCCAGGGACAACUGCCCAACAGUGCCCAACAGCUCCCAGGUGGACACGGACAACGAUGGGCUGGGGGAUGAGUGUGAUGAUGAUGAUGAUGAUGAUGGGAUUCCAGAUGUGAAACCUCCAGGCCCUGACAACUGUCGCCUUGUCCCCAACCCUGGCCAAGAAGAUGCAGAUGGUGAUGGUGUGGGGAACCUGUGUGAGAAUGACUUUGACAGGGACAUGGUGAUCGACAGGAUCGACGUGUGCCCCGAGAACGCCGAAGUGACACUCACAGACUUCAGGGCCUUCCAGACUGUGGUGCUGGACCCUGAGGGGGAUGCACAGAUUGAUCCUAACUGGAUUGUCCUCAACCAGGGCAUGGAGAUUGUCCAGACCAUGAACAGUGAUCCAGGCCUGGCUGUAGGUUACACAGCAUUCAAUGGAGUGGACUUUGAGGGCACAUUCCAUGUCAACACAGCCACGGAUGAUGACUAUGCAGGAUUCAUCUUUGGCUACCAAGACAGCUCCAGCUUCUACGUGGUCAUGUGGAAACAGAUGGAACAAACCUAUUGGCAGGCAAAUCCCUUCCGAGCCGUGGCAGAACCUGGAAUUCAACUGAAGGCAGUGAAGUCCAAGACUGGCCCAGGGGAAUAUCUGCGGAAUUCCCUCUGGCACACAGGAGACACCACGGACCAGGUCAAACUGCUCUGGAAGGAUCCAAGGAAUUCUGGCUGGAAGGACAAGACCUCCUAUCGCUGGUUCCUGCAGCACAGGCCUCAGGUUGGGUACAUCAGAGCUCGUUUCUACGAAGGUCCUGAGGUUGUAGCAGACACUGGAGUUGUCCUGGACACAACCAUGAGAGGAGGACGCCUUGGGGUCUUCUGCUUCUCCCAGGAGAACAUCAUCUGGUCCAACCUGCGCUAUCGCUGCAACGGAUGA